AUGAAGAAAAAGUGGACGUACAAAAUGACAGAGCAACAGUAUGCCAGAAAAGCUAUUGAGGAAGUUAUUCGUUUGGCAGACGAAAAGAUUUUGGGCAGUGAAGAUACGAUAUCCAAACGUGGUGAAGACCUGGCUGAAUUUGCUCAUUCAUGCGAGGACACAAUAAAAGAUCUCGGACACUACUUUAUUAAUCUUGUUAAGCAAUUAGAACAAUGGAAAGCGAUAUUUAUCCAAGAUUUACAAAAGAACACUGCUGAAAUAGGCAAUGAAUUUCGAGAGCGUUCCCUCCGAAUCCAAGAACUUGUAAACAAACUUAAAGCACUUCGUGAUAAAUCGGCUAAUCAGUUGGGAGAUGGAAGAUCUGCUGACAGUGACUUGGUAUACCAAGUCCAUAAUUGUAUUUUUGGAAUUAACCAAGAAAUUGAGGGACUCAAUGAUUUUUCAUGCAAAUGUUUGCCACUAAAAUUUGUUGGAAAAUUAAAUUUUGAGCAAACCGCUAAAGAGAACAUUGGUUCACUUGAAAAAUUAGCAGAUUUAAAUGCGGCUGAAAUUUUGCCUAGCAAACUUCCCAAAAUAAAAUUGGGUCAACUUUUUCAUCUUGAUUUUCGAAUUUCUCGAAAUUAUUGUGAAGCCGCAAAGCGAUUUCUUACUUUUACAAUCACUAAGGAUGCGGAUAGUUUGCACAAAGUUUGUGGAUAUUUGCAUGAUAACAAAAAUGGGACGUAUACCUUAAGCUUUCCUAUUACCGCUAUUAUUCCUCAUACUGUAAAUGUAUUUUACCUGGGUGAACAUAUAAGAAACAGUCCAUACACUAUUGUUUUUAAAGUUGGACCAAAUCAGAUUCCAUCCGGCUCUGUACCAACUAACCAAAAUACUGGACAGUAUGCAAGCACGAAUAAAGAAAUGCGUACGGAUUUUCAGAACUGUCCUAUGAAGAAUAUAAAUAGAGAAAUGGGUGAUGAACGAGAAAACAGAAGAAAUAAGUGGAAUAUUGAUCAGAACGGUAGUGCCAGCGACAUCUAG